GGGAGUAGACCAGCCGGCGCAAGCCCCACGGCCCCGCGCGAAAGCCUUGAGAGUCCACAGCCCACGCCGACGGUGGCGGGGUCAGGGCGGCGCGUCACGUGACCCAACGGCGCAGCCAAUCAGCGCAGCGCUCUGAGGUAUUCAAAUCGAUGGCGGGGCCGACGGUUGUGCGGGGCUGCGCUGCUGCCGGCGUCUCGGGGCCUGAGUGUCGCCUUCCGCCGCCAUGCCGGGUACCGGGCGCUGACAGACCUUCGGGCCCGGUGGGCGGAAUGGAGAAUCAAGGAGUGCCUCCCGGGCCUUAUCGGGCCACCAGGCUGUGGAAUGAAGUUACCACAUCUUUUCGAGCAGGAAUGCCUCUAAGGAAACACAGGCAACACUUUAAAAAAUAUGGCAAUUGUUUUACAGCAGGAGAAGCGGUAGACUGGCUUUAUGACCUAUUAAGAAAUAAUAACAAUUUUGGUCCUGAAGUUACAAGGCAACAGACUAUCCAGCUAUUGAGAAAAUUUCUUAAGAACCAUGUCAUUGAAGAUAUCAAAGGCAAAUGGGGAUCAGAAAAUCUUGAUGACAACAGUCAGCUAUUCAGAUUUCCUGCAAAUUCUCCACUUAAAACUCUUCCACGAAGGCAUCCAGAAUCGAGAAAAAACAGAAUAGAGAACUUUUCCAAAGAUAAAGAUAGUAUUUUUAAAUUACGAAACUUAUCUCGGAGAACUCCUAAAAAGCAUGGAUUACAUUUCUCUCAGGAAAAUGCAGAGAAAAUGAACUGUGAAAUAAUCAAUGAAGAUCAAGAAAACUCAGUUGAUAAUAGAGAAAUAAGCCAGAAAGAUGUUGAAGAAGUUUGGAGAUAUGUUAUUCUGAUCUACCUGCAAACAAUUUUAGGUGUAUCAUCCCUAGAAGAAGUCAUAAAUCCCAAACAAGUAAUUCCUCAGUAUAUAAUGUACAACAUGGCCAAUACAAGUAAGCAUGGAGUAGUUAUACUGCAAGACAAAUCAGAUGACCUUCCUCACUGGGUAUUAUCUGCCAUGAAGUGCCUAGCAAAUUGGCCAAGAAGUAAUGAUAUGAAUAAUCCAACUUAUGUUGGAUUUGAACGAGAUGUAUUCAGAACAAUUGCAGAUUAUUUUCUAGAUCUCCCUGAACCUCUACUUACCUUUGAAUAUUAUGAAUUAUUUGUGAACAUUUUGGUUGUUUGUGGCUACGUCACAGUUUCAGAUAGACCCAGUGGGAUACAUAAAAUCCAAGAUGAUCCACAGUCUUCAAAAAUCCUUCACUUAAACAGUCUGAAUUCCUUCAAAUCAACUGAGUGUCUUCUUCUCAGUCUGCUUCAUAAAGACAAAAACAAAGAAGAAUCAGAUACUACUGAGAGACUGCAGAUAAGUGAUCAAGGAUUUCAAGAAAACUAUGCUAAGAAAAUGCAGCUAGUUAAUUUAAAAAACAGAAGAGCCAGUGUUAAUGACAUAAUGGGAGGAAGUUGUCAUAAUUUAAUAGGCUUAAGUAGUAUGCAUGUUCUAUCCUCUAGCAUCAAACCAAGGUGCUAUUCAUUAGAAGGAAUUGUAGAUUUACCAGGGAGUUCAAGUAAAGAGGUCUCCAGUGUCUUCCAUCAAUCUGUUCUGAACAUAAAAGGACAAAAUAAUAAACAAUUUUUAGAGUCUGAGACCAAACAGGAAUCCCUAAUGAAUCUUCAUUCAGAGGAAAGUAUUCAAAAGCCACUCUGUGUUGCUUUUAAAAGAACCUCUACUUUGACCGUUCAAGACCAAGAGGAGUUAUGUAAUGGAAAGUGCAAGUCAAAACAGCUUUGUAGAUCUCAGAGUUUACUUUUAAGAAGUAGUACAAGAAGGAAUAGUUAUAUUAAUAUGCCAGUGGCUGAAAUUAUCAUGAAACCAAAUCUUGGACAAGGCAGCACAAGUGUGCAAACAGCUAUGGAAGGUGAACUCGGAGAGUCUAGUACCACAGUCAAUAAAAGACUCUGCAAAAGUACAAUAGAACUUUCAGAAAACUCUUUACCUCCAGCUUCCUCUAUGUUGACUGGCACACAAAGUUUGCUACAACCUCAUUUAGAGAGGGUUGCCAUCGAUGCACUACAGUUGUGUUGUUUGUUACUUCCCCCACCAAAUCGUAGACGGCUUCAACUUUUAAUGCGCAUGAUUUCGCGAAUGAGUCAAAAUGUUGAUAUGCCCCAACUUCAUGAUGCAAUGGGUACAAGAUCACUGAUGAUACAUACUUUUUCUCGGUGUGUGUUACGCUGUGCUGAAGAAGUAGAUCUUGAUGAGCUUCUUGCUGCACGAUUAGUUUCUUUCUUGAUGGAUCAUCAACAGGAAAUUCUUCAAGUACCCUCUUACCUACAGACUGCAGUGGAAAAACAUCUUGACUACUUAAGAAAGGGCCAUAUUAAAAAUCCUGGAGAUGGAGUGAUUGCUCCUUUGCCAACGUAUUCAUACUGUAAACAAAUUAGUGCUCAAGAAUUUGAUGAACAAAAAGUUUCUACCUCUCAAGCUGCAGUUGCAGAACUUUUAGAGAAUAUUAUUAAAAAUAAGAGUUUGCCUGUAAAGGAGAAAAGGAAAAAACUAAAACAGUUUCAGAAGGAAUAUCCCUUGAUAUAUCAGAAAAGAUUUCCAACCUCUGAAAGUGAAGCAGCACUUUUUGGUGACAAACCUACAAUCAAGCAACCAAUGCUAAUUUUAAGAAAACCAAAGUUUCGUACUUUAAGAUACUAAUUGAAUUGAAAAUUAUGUAAUACUUGUGGAACUUUGGUAAGUGAAGCCAUAUCUAUUCAGCUACUAAAAAGGAAGUCUAUUUAUAAAUAAGGUUUUUCUAAAUAAAACAUUAUGUAAGGAAGUGCCAAAAUAGUUUUUAUCAAUGUGAAACUGCUGAGAAACUAGUGAAUCUCAAUGGAGAGCAAGUGACAAUAGGUGAUACCAAAUAUUUUAAUCAGAAAUAAUCUUUUGUUUUUUAUACAACUAUCUGGAAAAGCUAUCAUGAUGUGUGCUAAAGUUUCAUUUACUUGAAUUUUGAAAAAUGACAUUUGCUCAUCAAGAUUAAGCUGUAAUUCUUUAAAAAAAACAACUUAUCUGCAUGUGCUUAUGGAUGUUAGCUUAAAGAACUAGUUGUUUAGGAUUACUUUUGUUUCUAAGUGUAAGAAUGUGAAGAAUAUUUGAAAAUUCAAUGAAUUAAUUUUCAACUGCUAAAUAUUGCACUCAUAUAUUCUUUUGCUACUUUUGAUCUAUUUAUAUAUAUAUGUGUUUUUAAAAUGUGAAUAUAUAUUAUAAGACUUUGGUUUGCCUUAAACAUUUACCCUAACUGCUUCAGUCAUUCAUUUUUUCAAUAAAUAUCUUUUGCAUUCUUA